AGAUCUUCCCUCGGCCCUGGGGCUGCGAGUGCCUGGCUCUCGGCGGGAAUAAAGCAGAGGCAACAACAUCCCCAGAUCCGCUUAGUUCUUGUCAAUCAAAUUGCCUGGAUCAACUGGAGACGAGCCUUGGAACUUGAAACUGGUGAUGGCUGCCCCGGUAGGUAGAUUUUUCCUCUUUUUGCUCUAAGGAUCGUGGCAUCAGUAUCCCCCCCCCCGCCCCGCCCCUCUCACCCACUUCUUUUUUUAAAGUCUUAAUUUGAUCUCUGGUCAGCGUGAAGGGUGAUACGAACUCAAGUGAAUAAAGAAGAAUAAAUUGAAUUAACAGGUAAAAAGACAUGCAUAGUCUGGGGUCACGUGUCCCUCAGGCUGGAGAAUAGAAAAGCACGUCAGAGAAGUAGCGUAACUCAAGUCGACGUAGCUUAGAUCUACUUGCCGUGGGGUCCACACCGCACUGGGCUGACGGGAGACACUCUCCCAUUGACUCCCCUUACUCUUCUCGUCCCAGUGGGGUACCAGACAUUUAUAUUCCAAUCGAUGUAUUUUAUAAUUAUAUGGCAAAAAUGAGAAAGUCAGCCAUUUCUCAGUAACGGGGUGCUAUGACACUUUUGUAUUUUUAUGUCUGAUUUUGUCAGAAAGUAGUUUUUAAAUGAGGUGAAACUUGGCAGUCGGCAAGACAAAUCAGCCUCCUGAAAGGGGUCCAGUAGUCUGGAACGAUUGAGAACCACUGAUCUGGGUGCCUUCAUGUGAAUAGAGGACCAUCAAGGUUUAACGACCCUCCUGUGUCACCAUGCCUUGGAAUUUCCCUCUGAGAUGGAGGUAGAAGGACAGUAGGGAAAGCACAGACUAGGCUUACAAAACGGAGAUGGUAGCUGGAUACAUGCACACAGGGAGCUCCGAACAUCAAUCCAAACUCAUGAACUGUGCAUAGGUUCCCCAAAUCGUCACAGUCCCCCCUUCUCCCUUUGCCCACAUGCCCUUGCCCACAGCUCUGGCUCAUUUGAAGGUCCAGAUACUGAAGUUUAGAUAAAGCCCCGGUGCAACUUGAUCACAGUUGGAACCUGAGUUAGUACAUGAAGAUGGUGAAAGAUCCUCAUCUCUACCAUAUGCUGUGUAAAGAACCAGACGUCUCGGAGUCAUCUCCUGCUUUCCGAGCUCCAGGACCGUUUCUGCUGUUCCUUCGCUCGCUGAACUGCUUCCUGAUAUUCUUCAAUUCCCUGUUGACAAGGAAACGAGGCAGAACCACUCGAUCCUAUUUUCCUUUAGCCACAAAUUCAAUACGCCCAAGAUCAACUUCCCGUCCUCGCUGGGAAUAGGCUGUACACGUCUGAGCCCCUUUAGACCAGUCUAGGCAUCCAUAGUUAACACAUCACAACUUUUGUGCCUAGAGAGGAGCACAGCAGCAAUAUGAGCUCGGUCACCUCCCUCCAGCCCUGAUUUUACCGAGGCUGUCAGAGCAUGCUUUGCUGUGACCUCUCACACCUUUCCCGAUGGGGAUGGGCGUUCCCUCAUUUUGUCAUGUUUGGGUCGGUGGUGGUUGUAGCUGAAACACCUUAAAACUACUGUAGGACAGAGUACUUUUUGGAAUAGCAUAGAACCCAGGAGUCCUGGCUCCCAGGCCCCCUGCUCUAACCCACUAGACCCCACUUCCCUCCCAGAGCCAGAGAUAGACUCGAGCAUUCGGAGGCAGCAUUGCCCAGCGUACAGGGUAAUAGACCAGGGCUCAGGCCACAUGGGGUCUGUUCCCAACUCUGCUACCGACUAUUUGUGUCACCUUGGCCAAGUCAUUUCCCCUCCCUGGUCCUUUGUUUCCCCUCCCGCUCUUUGUCUGCCAUUUCUACCUGCUGUGAGCUCUUCGGGACAGUGACAGCUUCUCACUGAGUGUCUGGGCAGCACCUGGCACCUGGGAGCCCAGGUCGGUGUCGCGCCCAGUGCAACGGGCUGCAGUCUUGGUCAGGAGGUCUCUGCAGCACCUAGUGUGAUGGGGCCCCUAUCUCAGUCAAGGACAGUCUGUGGAGUGCCAGGGUCCCCGAUCUUCCUCGGGGUGGGGGGAGGGGGGGGUCUGUGAAGUGCCCUGCCUCAUGGAGGGCCCCAGUGUUGGUCAGGGUCUUUGUAUAAAGCAAUGGGGCCUGGAGAGACUCUCAACUGCCCUUCUGCUCUCCCACCAGAGCAAUAAACUGCGGCCAAGGAAAAACGCUACCAAGACUGGCCAUGAGGACGUACCAGUGGAGAAGGAGGAUCUAACCCUGGACCCAGACACGGCCCAUCCCGAGCUGGAGAUCUCAGCGGAUGGGAAGGAGGUGAAAUGUGGGAGUUGCAAGAAGAACGUCAGCUGCAGCCCCAGGCAAUUCGACACGGCCAACUGCGUGGUGGCCCGGCAGAGCUUCAGCUCUGGGCGGCACUACUGGGAGGUGUUCGUGGGCCAGAAGCCGCGCUGGAACCUGGGCAUCGUCUCGGAGCGAGCGGAGAGACGGGGCAGAUUGAUCCAGAAGACUUCAGGGUGUGGUGAGGUCUGUGCCGAGGGCUACUGGCUGAUCGGCUACAACAAGGAGAAGGCCGGGAAGCCAUACUGGGCGUUUGACACCAACCAGAUGCCCUUUGACUGUAGCCCCCACCCUGAGACCAUCGGGGUCUAUCUCGAUUACAUGGCUGGGGAAGUGACCUUCUACAACCCCGAUGACCCCGAUAAUUUGAUCCCCCUGUACUCCUUCUACAACGCUGCCUUCAAGAACGCCCCCGUCUACCCCUUCUUCGACCCCUGCUGGCAUGACAAUGGGGGCAACGCCCAGCCCCUUAAAAUCCUGUGAGUGGCUGAUUUACUAGUGGGGGUGGGGACCAAAGCCAUCCCAGCCUUGGGGCUACCAGCAUAUACCGCGGGCUAGCUAGCUUCACGGCACUGUUCUGAGAGCCACACUAACCUCACCCACCGACCAGGCAAAGCCGGCACGCUUAGCUGAGACAGGCCGGGGGGGUUGGGAUGGGGCUGAAAAAGCAGCAAGCUGAGACCAUGAGAUACUCACUCUCUACAGUAUAUUCACCCUCCUUCCCAGAGCUAUUGGAGGGGGUUUCCCUUCACAACACCCUACCCCCUGCCAAGGCCCUUCUCCAAUGCGUUUGUUGUGAAUAGGGUAAAAAAUGUUUCUUACAAUCACAGUAUCUAGGUUACCCCUUCCAGAGCCAGGGAAGGACCCCAGGAGUCUUGGCUCCCAGCCCCCCACCCCUGCUCUAACCACUAGAUCCCACUCCCCUCCAGCAUUGGGGAGAGAACCCAGGAGUGGAUCCAGAUUGCACCUGGUGUCGUCAUUCUCACCUGAGCAAAGUGCACCUAAAACGCCAUCCAGAGCAUAAAUGAAGGGACAAGCUCGUGGGGAGGGGUGAAUUCUGCUCUCAGACAGGCCGAUAUAUGUCAGGAGUUACCCUAUCAGGGACCUCAGGGCUGAUUCUGCUCAGUGCAAAUGAGGAGUAACUGUUGGACUCCCUGCAAUGUAAAGCCAGCGUAAGAGCGAGGACAGUGAGAUUCGGUGUUGACGCUGGAUUUGAUUUACACUGAUCCAGAAUGCGCUGGCUGCUCUAUCCCUUUCUACCGCUGUCUGCAAUCUGCUGUUGCCUCUCGCUGCUCCAGCCCAGGGCUUGUGCUUCUCUGAGGAUUUUAUUUUACUUUGCUCAAUAAAGAAAAAUAUUUGCCAUCAUUCCCCAGAA